AUGUAUAAUAACACAACCGCUGAGCUCAGUCUGCUGCCAUUGUCAGAGGCCCAGGAAGAUUCUCCUCCCUCUGUGUGCCCUCUGGCUUGCACAGCUCCUGUGACUGAGCCAUCAUUCACUCAGUCUCCUGCCUCCUCAGCACACUCUCCAGGAGACCUAAUCCCACCUCCUCUGCCUGAGGCUUUGCCACAAACACCCUCUGCUCUCCUCCCCAACCCAGGGAGUGCCUUGGGUAAUUUUUUGUCACCCUCACCACCGGGUCAAACUCUGCCUCCAGAGCCUCUUCCUCCUUUGGAAUCCAAAUUCCCAUUGCUCUGUUCCACACCUCAACCACAAAACUCAUUCUCUUCUAACUUGGCACAAUGUGAUUUCCGUCAAGAGUUGCCUUCCCUCCAAACUACAAAGACUUCUUCUGGGGGAGACACUGCUGCCAAAGUUAUAGAUCCUAGACACCGACUGUUUCUCAGCCCUGAUGAGCGUGACUCGGUACAGCAGUACUCACAUCCUAAGACCAAGGAGGACCAAUUGAAGCAAAAACUCAUCCAGCUUUUCUGGGGUCUUCCAUCUCUUCACAGUGAGUCCUUGGCCUCUGCAGUCCAUGUCUCGGGUGACUGUUCCUCAAAAUUUAUUUUCAACAGCCUUACCAAUGCUUCCACAGGCCAUGAAGCCCCAGUGCUUCCAUUUUUCUUACCUCCACACUUGCUUGAGCUCCAACCUCAGUCCCUGCCUCAAACCUUGUCCCAAUCCCAGCCUGUACCUCUCACUCAGAUCCAACUGCAGGCUCACCUUCAACCCCCACUCCCGGUCCUAUCAUAUGGCUUUAUACCUAAGAACAGGGCUAGUGGAGUGCAUUUCCAUGGACCCCAGAAGGAAUCAAAAUGUCUCACAUUAUCUGAAAUUCAACACCUAGAAUGGAAUGUGUUGCAGAGGAAACAACAAAGUUUGAAGGAUUUACCCUCUAUGGUUCAAAAGUCUAGGGAAGAUUUCUGUCCUUCAGUUCCCAAAUCUACUCAGUGCUGGCUUUCCAAAGCCUAUAUUUCAAGCUCCAUCGAUCCUAUAGGGUUUCCCCUCAACAGUGAACUUCAAGAGAAAUUGGAGCAUCACCUUAGAAAAAGGCUCAUCCAACACAGGUGGGGCCUGCCUCUCAGGGCCCAGAAGUCUCUGUCACUGAUGAGGCUUCCAAACAAUUGCUCAGACUCAUGUGAGUCAAAGAGCAGUUAUGACCUCUCAAGGAUCUCUGUGUGUAAGGGCCAGUGUAACCAAUCAGGAAGUUCCUAUGAGAAGGGCUCAGAAAUGGUUCAGCUAGAGGAAGAUGAGGGGGUGGGUGAGGGACAAAGCCAAGAGAGUGAUCCAAAAGAUUCCUUCUGUGACUCAGAGAGCUCUUCAGAGAAGGAUGUGGGAUCUGACUCUGAGAAAGACCUAACCAUGACAAGUCGGUCAGAAGAAAGCUCAGUGGUGUCAGGGCAGAGUGAAGGUCCAAGACACCUGAGAAAGGUCCUGCAAGUACACCUGAGCAAGAAGUUUGAGGAAACCAGUGACAGUCAGCUCCACAGGACAGCGCAGAAUGCAUUGCACUCUAAUGAGGAGACUCGUUCUAUAAAAUUUGACACUGAAAUAAAACAGAGAAGAUCACCAGCAUCAGCGGGUGGGGACUACUGCCUGAAUACAUCCCAGAAGCUUUCCUUCCUUGAGCCUGGUACACAGCAGAUGCUGGAAGCCCAUAUUACCAAACUGCGUAUAGGGAUAUCAUGGGGCCUUCCCUCCAAGGUCCUAGAAUCCAUGGAAAUUUUUCAAUUGAAAGAUAAUUCAUCCCAUUCUUUGUUUGAUCCCCAAACUUCCUCCUCAACCAAUCUGCUUAUGGAGGUGAACUCUAAACCUGGGAGCUUCAUGCCCUUGAAAGAAAGCUGUAAACCCCUUCAUGGAGAAAAAGUGGGCACAGAAAACUCAGCCACUGUCCCCACAUCUCCUCUCCCUGCCACCUCAGUUGUGGAGAAGAAAGGAAGGCCCUCCUCAGGACAGGGGACCCAGAGACAAUCACCCUCUAAUAUCAAACAUGGGCCUGUCCAGGAAGUUUCGGCCCUUGGGGAUGCCAGACCUACUCUAUUGCCAGUCACAAACAGUAUCGCUGGCAAAACAUAUCAGGGACAUUUUCCAAUAGCCAACAUUCACUCCCCAAAACUGCCCUCAAGUCAAGCUGGGGCUAGAUGUGAGUCAGGGGAUAAGAGCAUGAAUUCCAGCGACAGAGUAGAAAUGCAACUGGGCAGGAAGAUGGAGGAGAAAGCAGAACCUGCUUCCAUGUCCAAUGUGUUCAGGGAGAUAGUUGAGGCUAAGGUGUUCCAUGCUGUUCAGUACAAUACUAGGGACAUCAUGACAACCAACAAGCCGGGAAUCUCCCAAAGAAUAAAUGUGAGUAAGACUAUAGGAAAAACUCCUGUGACUACUAAAGUGACCCCACCAGAAACAUUAGAUCUGAAGUCAUCAGAUCUUAACCAGCAACUCCUUGAUGAGUUAAAGUCUAAACUGAAGAAGAAAAAGGAUGGACAGAUUCAAGGCCAACCCACUAACAUGUCCCAUGACACUAACAAAGACUCCAUGCCUGGUGCUCAGGGUGUCUCCAAUGUGGACACUGGAGCUUCCCAGGUGCUGCAUGUCCAUUUGGAGGACCAAACAGUCAAUGUGGAGAAGCAACAGGAGCCUUGGGUCCCUGAGCAGGCCUUAAGGUUGUGCCCAGAUAAGAAUUUCCCACCAGCUUCAAAGAAAGUGAGCCCCACGAGCUCCAAAGCACAAGAGCUUGGUGGAGGGGAUGCAGGGUUGGUAAGAUCGCAACCUGGAGGAAACACAGCUCCUCCUCAGGUCAUGUUCGAGGAUACAGCUGGGAGCAGAUCUCCCCAAACCCUGUCACAGAAGAGACAGUGUCCCCCUGAUAGUCUUUUCAUAAAUAAAAUGAAGAGUUUUUUCCAAAGGCUUCAACCUAGGGUAAUCUGCACAAAGCAGGAAAACCCCCAGGGGAAGGGCAGCCCCAGAUCGUGUGCUCAGAGCAGAGGCACAGGUAGAAGCAGAGCUGCCGUCAUGGGGACAACAGAAACCCAGAAAGCCACAUCAGACAUUGGGAAGUUCCCAGAAAAGAGACUGGGGCCUUGGCAUGCAGGAGACACCAACUGCCCCCAGGAGCCCCUUCUCUGGGCAGUGAGAUGUGAGACAGCACAGCAGAGGGCAGCAGCACGGGUCCUGGCAAAGCCUGUCCAGUGGCCUGCUCUCCACCCCAGGGCUCCAGCCUAUAGUCAGUCCUGCCGCCAAGCAGCUGUCUUUGCUGGCCAAAACCCUACAAGUAUCAUACAUACCAGAAACGAUGGCAGACACCCCCAGAAAGUCGGGGCAUUUGGAAAGGACCUGUGCUUAUAUCAUCAGCAUCCCCAAUCUGUGCCCCGCAGUGGGACUGUGACCCAUCAUCCAAGCCCCACCUGCAGGCCUCACCCUGCCCAGCGGCCUCCUGCUGCUCUCACCACUGGGCAAGGCACCGUGUUCAGACGUCCGUGUCUAUUUAUGACACCGAAAUUGCUUCUCUAG